UUUUUAGGCAACCUGGUACUUAUUUUUUGUACCAAAAAAAAUCUGAUAAUAUUAAGCCAAAAACAGAUUAAACGCAAAACUGACUGAAUCUAAAAAAAAAUAACUUAACCUUCACCAAAAAUCUUUCAAGUUAUCUUACCCAUUUCACCCCAAAAAGGGCAAACUGCUUGAAGAUAACGAACGAAGUGUUUUAUCAUGAUCUAAUUAAAACUUAUCAAGAGUUUGAUGUUACAACUUCAUUAUCGUCUUAAUUAACAGCCCGUCUGCUUAACAGAUCAAUCACACAGCGGAUUUCGUGAGAGCAAGAUGGGAAAAUAUUUUGUGCCUGCAAUCGUUGUUGCUGUAUGUGGGAUAAUAUGCUUAUCAGAAGGAAACCCAGAAAUAUCAAUGUUUGGAAAACUCGAACCUUUCAAUGUGGAUGACUUUCUGAAUCCUCCUAAAAUGGACGAAAAAAACGUUACAUGUUACAUACCAUUUAUAAAAUGUUUGAAAACGCUGAAAUCCAAAAAGUCAAUCUGCGUUCUUCAAAGAGAUAAGGGUCUAGUAACUAUGGCUAGUAUAUGUGACGUCCACAUCCAGAACUGUGUAGUUCAAACUGAUGGUAAUUUCGCUUUUGGGACGAUCAGUGAUGAUGACAUAUUUUACUUCAACGGCAAGAAACACAACUGUCUGUACUACUUCAAGCAAACAAAAAACUUGAAGGAAGCGUCAAAGCUGUACGCAAAUGGAUGGGUUGGAGAUACAACGACACCUACAUCAUUCACUGACACAACUACAUAUUAAAAUAUAAUUUUGAAGGCGAUUUUUAUUUUCCCUUUACCAAAAUAUUGCCAUUCUCUAACAUCAGUAUUAGGAACUAUGAUGAUUGUACUUAGCCUACUAGUUGAUAGUUAUGGGCAGAACAUGUCUACUUCUUUUGUCCUUACCGGUUGGAAAUUUUCAUGGAUCAUUUUCGACCUUUUUUGGGAAAUAUAGAGGAUAUGAAAAUAACCAGAAUUCUUCUCCAUUCCUGAUUGGCAAUAAGCAGCAGAAAACGCAUUCCUAGGAGUCAGAAUAAAACUGGGGUAUUUGUAGUCGGUGUAAGUCUGGCUGUAUACCACCUCCGUUUUAGCGCCGUUAAAGCACUUUAAUUUCAUCCCUUGCUAGGCCCUCAACAGAUGGCUAAUCAAUUUCUUAGUGAAAUAUAAUUCCUUGUAAUUUACAAUUUUAUCAGAAUAAAGCCCUUCUGAGUUCACUUACAUGCGUUUCACUUGACCUUCUUAAAUUGUUUUUAGUUACCUGAAAAAAAGGAAAUACAAAUUAUAAC